AUGACGUUGACGUUACAGCGGACACAUACGCUGUACGAAGCCACUGUUGAAGCUCUGAGCUCCUGGACGCCAAUGCUGCAGGACUCGUACUCUGCUGUGUGUUGGCUGAGCAUUAGAGGGGUGAGAUCCGAAAUGAAUCCGCUUAUCGAGUUCGUCAAAGUGCUUCCUAGUGAUCCGAAGACUGCGCCAGCCUGUGCGCACGGUCCGGCGCUCCUUUUCGAUCGGGUGGGGAAAAAAUUCUUCGCUUGUUCUGCGUGCCGCGAUAGAAAAAUAUGUCCUCUGUACGUCCCUUACGAGCAGAAGAAGCCAGCCAAAACUUGGGACGAUAUCCGUGACGAAAUUCUGCCCGAAGAGGCUCACAUCGAGCCGCCUGCGACUCCCGACGACUUUUACCGUUUCUGCGAAAGCUGCUGCAGAAUACUCAUAGACCCGCAAUGUCGACAUCGUCGCGAACCGAUUUCUGUGGACCUGAUGGCUUCGCCCACCACGUUCUUGAGCCAGCUCUCGAAUAAUAAAUGCACUGCUCAAUAUCAUUUCUCAGAGGAAACUCUGCAUCUUUUGAUCGAUCUCGCGUCGAGGUUCAGAAAAGUGCUCUGCAUUGGGACACCGUCUGUCUUCGAGCAUCUCCAGCAUGUCUCUCACGUCUCGAGUCAUCUGGCGGAUAUUGAUCGCAGAUUCGAGGCUUUCUUCGGGGAACGAGUCUUCACCUGGUUCAAUGCGUUCAAUGCACUGGCAUUCCGCAAGGGCGACAACAGCGAGCUAUGGAGAUUCGUAGGAUCCGAAACGGACGAAUCGUCCGAUGCAGAGGGCCUCGAUGAAUUCCUCAUACUUGUGGAUCCCCCGUUUGGCGGUCUCUUGGGACCUCUAAGUUGUACCUUGCAGAGAAUCAAGAGCAAAGCUGGAUGCGGUCGCACAAUUCUCGUCUUCCCAUACUUCAAUGAAGCUCAGGUCAAGCUGCAUUUCCCCGAAUUGAAGAUGUGUGAUUAUUCUGUCCGUUAUCGGAAUCAUCGGAAAAUGAAGAAUUCCAGCCCCGUGCGACUAUUCACGGAUAUCCCACUCAGCUCGAUCCGGCUGCCCGAAGACGAAUACAAAUACUGUCCAGCUUGUGAACGAUGGGUCCACAAGAUCAAUAGGCACUGUGAGAAAUGCAACGCUUGCUGCUCUAGAAACCACGAGGAAUACAAACAUUGCGAUCUGUGUUCUCGUUGUAUCAAAUCAAAAUGGACCCACUGCAUCAAAUGCAAAAGAUGUCACCUGGAACAGCAAUGUGGAGCUCGGCGCGGUGUCGAACGAUCAACGAAGAGACCGAGUGGAUCGACGGAACGGAGGACGAGAAAUAAAAGAGGAAGAUAG